CUUUGCCACCAAAACCUUGGAGCGGAGUGCGAGAUGCUAAGAAGUUGGGAAAUCCAUGUCAGCAAUACGAUGUUUUCUUUCUUCGAGAAUUUAUUGCUGGAAGCGAAGACUGCCUUUACCUUAAUGUGUUUUCACCGAAUAUAAAACCCGCAAAACCGCUGCCGGUCAUGGUUUGGAUUCACGGAGGAGGAUUUUCCAGCGGAAGUGGUUCCGAUGAGAUGUACGGACCAGAUUACUUAGUAAGAAAUGAUGUUAUUCUUGUCUCGUUUAACUAUAGACUCGAGGUCCUCGGAUUCCUUUGCCUGGACACGGAAGACGCACCGGGUAAUGCGGGCAUGAAAGAUCAGGUUGCUGCACUUAGAUGGGUUCAAAAGAAUAUCAGCAACUUUGGAGGAGAUCCUAACAACGUUACGAUUUUCGGAGAAAGUGCCGGAGGUUCGAGUGUUUCUUUCCACCUUUUAUCACCCAUGAGCAAAGGAUUGUUUAAGAGAGCCAUACCACAAAGUGGACAGGCUAUCACUUGUUGGGGAACAAGUUUUGAGAUUAAAGAAAGAUCGUUACAAUUAGCUAGAGAACUAGGAUGUACUUCAAAAGACGUAAAGGAGGUGUCCAAAUUUUUAAAAGCACAACCUGUUGAAGCACUUGUUAAGAAAAACAUUACAGUAACCUAUCAGGAAACAAAUAAGGCAGCUCUUAUUGUCCCCUUUAGUAUAACGGCAGAAAAACAAUUUGGAAAUAACGAACGGUUCAUGGUUAGUGAAGCUAUCGAUGUAUUACGUAAUUCUGGCAUACAUGAGGGAGUGGAUGUUAUGGAAGGCUACACUGAAGAUGAGGGAGUUUUAUUUCUAGGAUCCGGUCAAAACGUCUAUAAAAUGUUCCCCCAGGCGAAUAAGUAUCCCGAAUUUUUCGUACCGAGACCAAUCGCUCUACAUUGUCCACUAGUCGAUCAAAUAGAAGUAGGC